UUGUAAAAGGAUAUGCUGGACAUCCUAAUUCUCCUGUAUUUUUCUGUUGCUUUGAAGAAAAGCAGUCAGAUAUAUGCAGUUAUUCAACAGAAGCCAUUAACACCUGCUAUAAAGAAGUAUUUCGCUCUAAUACUAAGUUUUCUGGUCUGCCAGUUAUGGGUUUUGAUAAUUCAGAUGUUGUAGA